GGAAAAAAAGGCGAUUUGUUUACAUUCUUCGAAGGCAAAGCAAACGAACUUUCACAUCAAAAGAACUGGAAGCGAUACGCAAUGAGAGAAGUUAUUAGUGUUAACGUCGGUCAGGCUGGUUGUCAAAUUGGUAACAGUUGUUGGGAGUUGUAUUCUCUCGAACACGGUAUCCAACCGGAUGGUUACUUGAAAGAAGGAUUGACUAGACCAAAAGGCGGUGAGGAAGGUUUCUCCACUUUCUUCUCUGAAACUGGAUCUGGUAAGUACGUGCCAAGAGCUUUGUAUGUUGAUUUGGAGCCAAAUGUCGUUGACGAGGUGAGAACUGGUAAGUACAAGGACUUGUUUCACCCAGAACAGUUGAUCACCGGUAAGGAGGAUGCUGCAAACAACUACGCUAGAGGUCACUACACCGUUGGUAGAGACUUACUAGACGAUGUCUUGGAGAGAAUUAGAAGAAUGGCAGAUCAGUGUGACGGUUUGCAAGGUUUCUUGUUCACACAUUCCCUUGGUGGUGGUACAGGUUCAGGUUUUGGUUCUCUCCUGUUGGAACAGUUGAGUUUGGAAUACGGUAAGAAGGCCAAGUUGGAAUUUGCUGUUUACCCAGGCCCACAGAUGUCCACUUCUGUCGUUGAGCCAUACAACACCGUCUUGACAACACACACCACUUUGGAACACGCUGACUGUACCUUCAUGGUUGAUAACGAAGCCAUCUACGAUAUCUGUAGAAGAAAUUUGGAUAUUUCAAGACCAAGUUUCUCAUCAUUGAACAGUUUGAUUGCUCAGGUUGUGUCCUCAGUGACUGCUUCUUUGAGAUUCGACGGUUCUUUGAACGUUGACUUGAACGAAUUCCAAACCAACUUGGUUCCAUUCCCAAGAAUUCAUUUCCCAUUGGUUGGAUACGCCCCAGUUGUUUCUAGUGCGAGAGCUAUUCAUGAAUCAAACUCUGUUGCAGAAAUCACAAACGCUUGUUUCGAACCAGGUAACCAAAUGGUCAAGUGUGAUCCAAGAGCUGGUAAGUACAUGGCAACCUGUUUGCUUUACAGAGGUGAUGCUGUGACAAGAGAUGUCCAAAAUGCAGUCUCACAAGUCAAGGCUAAGAAGACUGUCCAGUUGGUUGAUUGGAUUCCAACCGGUUUCAAGAUUGGUAUCUGUUACCAACCACCAACUGUCCCACCUGAGUCUGACUUUGCUGCUGUUUCUAGAGCCGUUUGUAUGCUCUCUAACACCACUGCCAUUGCUGAGGCUUGGAGAAGAAUUGACAAGAAGUUCGACUUGAUGUACUCCAAGAGAGCAUUUGUCCACUGGUAUGUUGGUGAAGGUAUGGAAGAAGGUGAAUUCACUGAGGCUAGAGAAGACUUGGCUGCUUUGGAGAGAGACUAUGAAGAGGUUGGUUUCGAUUCCAACGACCCAGAAGAAGGUGAGGAGUACUAA